AUGGAUAUGGAAGCCAAGACAGUUCAUAAACGCUGGCGGUCCACCCCGGAACAAGUUAGAAUCUUGCUGAACAUCUACAACCAUGGGAUCAUCAAUCCUACUCGAGAUCAAGUUUGCGAGAUUACAGAACGAAUCCGGGAGUACGGGGAAGUCGGAGAAUACAGCGUCUACUGCUGGUUUCAGAAUCAUGGAAAUCGGGUGAAGAAUAAAGGCUGGCAACAAAGCAUCCCUGGUAAACCUGGAUCUUCAUUUACUCUUAUUCCGCCAUUUUUGUAUGAUCCUUCAUGGGUACUUCCACGGACUCCGAAGCUCUUAGAUCUCUUUCCCAUUCCCGCUAUACGUAAAGAGGAAGGGAAAGUUACUCCACCUAUGUUGUUUCGUACCCAAGCUCCUUCCACAGAGCUUUCUCUGAGAUUGUCGCUCGCCGAUUAG